AUGGACACAACGUCCGUCCAUCCCUUUUCAACUCAUGUCCCAUUCAAACAACCUAUUGUCAUUACACACUAUUUAUCCAUGGUUAUUGCAUUCCUCGGUUGCUAUCCUUUACUCUUAACUCAACAUAUACGUCGACAAAAAGCUUAUAUCUUUACAGCAUCUAUUGUGUUUGCUUCUGUUGGCUUCAUUUCAGGUUCUUUUAUUCAGUUGGAACAAAAUGCAACCACGAUCGUGUUUCAUGUGGUUGCUCUGUUGCUACUGUGCCUUGUUGUUAUGCAGGGCAUUUUAGCAGUCUACAGAUCCACGCUGAUAGCAGAACAAUGUCCUCAACUACAUACCCUAUUGACAAAAUGUCUUCAUACAGUACCCAAAUGGGUUGAUUUAGUGCUUGGAUGGCUUAUUUUGAUUAUUGCAUUUAGCUAUCUUACCUUGGCUGCCUUAGUAUUCACAGAAAGCUGUGGUCAUCAAGAUCAACAGGCACAGUGUUUAAUGCCACUUGCUAUGGGAACUGGAUUCCUGUUGUAUGGAACACUGAUCUUGUUACAUUUAUUGGCUAUUAUUAAAUUACCUCGUCCUUCUACACCCGAGUAUUAUGAAGGGAUCAUCAUGACUGUGUGGGGAUGUAUCAGUCUUGUUUUAGCAGACACGCCUAUUUUAGGAACGGAAUGGCGGGCAAUCAAUUUGGGUCUGUUGUGGUUCACAGGUGGUCUGUUUUCUAUUAGUCUCAGUGUACAGACUUGGAUACCAGCCUUAAGAGAAAGAAAUAUUAUAAAUGCACUGAUUGUCUGUUUUACAGGUCGAGCUAUUGUUGCUGGUCUAACACAAGUAGAUGAUCCAUAUGCAGCACAAGUACAUACCAUGUUGGGAUACGUGCUUAUUGUCGGAGCUAUUGCACGACUAACUCAGAUUGUAUUUCGAAAAUCACCUGCUGAUAAUCUACCUCAUCGUAUGUUUCAACAAAACACAGAUACAACCAACAUGCUGGAAGAAGAAGAAGAAGAAGAAAAAGAUGCAAAAAGUCCUAAAUGCAAACACAAGUUUAUCUUUGUCUCCAUUACACUUGUCACUGGACUUUUGGCUGCCUUAUUAGCCAUAUGUUCAGGUAUUUUGUUGAUGGGGGCCAAUAUAGGCUGGAUUCGCUAUAUGCGAUUUUAUAUCCAAGAUCCAGCAACAUAUGUCAACAUUACCUGCGCAGUUGCAUUCCUUUGGUCUGCAUACGUGUUUGGUCUCUGUAGCAUUUACAAGAAUUUAAAAACGAGAAAUGCCAUUCGCGAAUAUGAAUAUUUGGAACUCGAAAACACAACCGAUUACAAUAGAUACCCUGAACAUGAUGAGCCAUGGAUGCAUGUGCCUAUCUCACCUACGACUACUCUUUCACCCACCAUGUCACCUAUUAUUAUACCUUCUCAUGAUUUACCUACCAAACCAGACGCUGAAAAGACAAUACGACCCUCACAAUACAGAGCGAAACGAAGGUCACUUUUAGUUCAGACACCUACAACCACACCUGUGACACGUACUCGGUCUUCCUCCAUGUAUGGCGUAGGUGGCGUAUUACCUGAUGAAUAUGCUGUCAAACCCACAGUAGACCCAUCUUUUAGACGAUCAUGGCGAUCUUCUACUUCUUCGACCCUAGGGUCUGCAAGUAUGGAUUCUGGACCUAAUUCACCUUCUUUUACUGAACAACAACAACUUAAAGCUUUUUCCAUUUCAUCUCAAGAAGAAGAUAACUAUCCUAGUGAUCAUACAGAACAUCAAAGGUCGGUUCAUAAAACUGAAAGUGGGAAACGCAAAGAACGACGUCUAAUCAGUACUAAUAGUGAUGAUCAUGAUGCAAAAAAUGAAAUUGUUUCCAGCAACAGUAGCGGAACAAACCGAGGCCGAUAUCAAUACCAACGCAACUCUUCACUUGGACAAGCAAAGAAAUAA